CGCAGCUCUUUUGGCGGGAAACGGGGGGCGAGGCCCGGCUCCAUCAUGGGGGGUGAAGCUGAUUCCACCAUAGCAGGCGAAGGCGCUGCAGGCGCACAGCCCAACCUGCAGCAGGGAGAGCUGCCGCAGUUCGGACACCCACCCCGAGCAGACCUUCAUCCCGGACAGUAUGUUGCAUGCUGGCAGGGGCAAGAGGAACUGCUGCAAGGAUCCCUCUGGUGGCCUGUCGGUCUGCCAGGUUGGCCCGGACCGGUUACAGGUUGGGAUGGCGAGCAGGGGCCAUGGCCGCGCCCGGCCCAACCGACGCGACGUAUCCACCCGCGACCCCGUAUCCCGCGCCUGGAUCGAUGGGCACAUCCAGAGCAGCGGGGCCCGAGGACCCCCAAUGGGCCGGGACCCCGCGGCUUCCCCGCACAGCCCCCUACCGUCUUCCCCUCCCCGGCUCGGAACCUGCCAUUCCCGGCCGUCCAGUUCAUCGUCCUUCAACCGCCCCCCAUGCCUCUGCCCCUGACGCCACCCCUGGCUCUGCCCCCGCCCAUGGUUCUGCCACCACCCUUGAUUCUGCCUCUGCUCCUGUGGCCCUUAGCCCGUGCUCCACGCAGGCCAAGGUGCGGGCACCCCCGGGAUGGGAGGCAGUGAGGAGGGGAGCUUAGCAGAUCAGGUUGGGGAGGGGAGGGCGCGGGGGUCCCUGAGGGACUCCUUGCAGGAAGGUCAUGGGGUGGGGGGAGUUAUGGGGGCAGGGGUGAGGACUGGAAGCUGGCUGGGUUUUAAGUUUUGUUCUCUGUGUUUAUUAAACUUUUGAAUCUGAACACUC